AUGCAGCUCUCCGUAUCUCAUCAACAAUUCAUCGGAAGCGUUCGCGAUGCCAUUCGCAAGCAUGACGCGCAGCUUAAAGAUAUCAACAACAAGAUCUGGUCGAAUCCGGAACUAGCUUAUGAGGAGUACAAAGCGCACGACCACAUCUGCGCGCUGUUCGACACCCUUAAAGGCUACGAAGUGCGUAGAAAGGCGUAUGGCCUGGACACGGCUCUAGAAAUUGAGUACAAACAUGGUGCCGGUGGUCGCGUGGUGGCAUUCAAUGCGGAAUACGACGCACUGCCCAAUAUCGGGCACGCAUGUGGGCACAACCUCAUUGCGACAAGCUCCAUCGCUGCGUUCAUCGCCACUUGCGAAGCGAUGAAGAUCCACUGUCCCGAGGGGCUCGGAUAUACCGUACGUCUUCUGGGUACUCCCGCCGAAGAGUCGGGUGGUGGAAAGGUGCGCCUGCUGGACAAUGGCGCGUAUAAAGAUGUCGACGCGUGUCUCAUGGUUCACCCCAUGCCUAUGGUCCCCAGUGCUCCGGAUUUGCUGUGUAUAGCUACAACGGUGCCAGGAGGCUUCCUUGCCAAUGAUAAGGUACGCGUGACUUUUACUGGCAAACCGGCGCAUGCGGCAGCCGCUCCGUGGGAAGGAAUCAACGCUCUUGAUGCUGUGGUCUCUGCAUAUGUGAACAUCUCCCUCUUGCGGCAGCAGAUCAAGCCUUCCCAGAAAAUCCACGGGGUCAUUGUCAAUGGGGGCGACCGGCCGAAUGUGAUUCCCAUGUCUGCAACGGUGGACUACUACAUCCGGUCAGACACCGUCAAAAGUCUGAAAGUCCUUACGGACAAGGUGAUCAAGUGCUUUGAGGCAGCUGCAGUUGCUACAGGUUGCAAAGUCGACUUUGAAUGGGGAAUGUCAUAUGCCGAUUUGAAGACGAAUCGUCCCAUCUGCCAGAGUUUUGUAUCUGCGAUGCGCGCAAUGGGUCACCAUACCGUUUAUGACAACGCCGGCCAGCCAAAUACUCUCGGGGGAGGCUCUACAGACAUGGGAAAUGUGUCAUAUGCUGUACCCGGAUUCCAUGGAAUGUUCACCAUUGCGGCGGAAGGGGUCAAUCAUACACCAGAGUUUACAGCCGGAGCCGGAUCCCAAGCAUCGUACGAGAGAUGUCUCGACUGCGCUGCAGGAAUGGCAGUAGUCGCCUGUCAGAUGUUGGUGGACAAUGACUUCGCUGCACAGGUGAAGGAGGACUUUCAAAGAGAUGCGUAG